AGCUAUGUUACCGUCAGACCACUUCAGCUUAUAUGUAUUCAUCUAUAUUGUAAAUAUCUAUGGUAUUUUAAUAUUAUUUUUUUUAUAAAAUUGAUAUUUUAGAGAUUUUGAAUCUGGGUUGGCCACACUACAAAUAGAGUAUGUAACCACUGAACCAUUUCAAUUUAUAUGUAAUUAUUUUAUUUAAAAAAUAUGUAUAUGAUUUACAUAAUAAAUAAGUACCCGAAACUGAUUUGAAAUCAGUAAUAUCUGAUCUGAAACCUGAACUAAAAUUUACCAAAUACCUAUUGGAUAGGUAAUUCACUUAUCAGAAAGAUCUGGAUCCGAAUGGAUCUUAUCCGAACCUGAUCCGGAUAACGGAACUCCCGGAUCUACUCUCGAGUCUUGUGAUAUGUUUUCUCCCAUAACAACAAAAAUACAGUAUAGUAUAAUACUUCCGAUAAAUAAACUUUAUUAAAAUUAGUAGGGUUAACAUAUCACAUUCAAGCAUUUUUCAGCCCGUUAAUAUCAAUAAUUAACUUUUUAUUCAAGCAUUUUUCAGCCCGUUAAUAACUAAUUUUUGGUUGGAUUUGUCUCUUUAAGGAGCAUUUUCCAGCCCAUUUAAUACUUUACAGAGUAGAUACUUUCAGUUACGUUACCAAAUUUCGAAAGAUUAAUAAAAUAAUUAAAUGGAGUGUCGUUACUCUUUAUGAGACAGCUGUAUCCACCGUCAACAUGACUCCUCGUGGGGUCCUCCUUCGUUCACAUUUUCCAUAUUGGACGGCUCAGAUCUUCUCCAACCAACCAUGAGAAAAAACUUAUUUUCUCAGAGGCUCUUCCCCCUUUAUAUUCCCUUCUUCAUUCACUCUUCUCUUCGUUCUAAUUUCCUUCUCCUCGCAAACUAUCAGAGUUUCAGAAAUCAAUAGAAAAUGGCAGAUGGAGAGGACAUUCAGCCCCUUGUUUGUGACAAUGGAACAGGAAUGGUUAAGGCUGGAUUCGCUGGAGACGAUGCACCAAGAGCUGUGUUCCCAAGCAUUGUUGGUAGACCACGUCACACUGGUGUGAUGGUUGGUAUGGGACAAAAAGAUGCUUACGUUGGUGACGAGGCUCAGUCAAAGAGAGGUAUCUUGACUCUCAAGUACCCUAUUGAGCAUGGUAUCGUCAGCAACUGGGAUGACAUGGAGAAGAUUUGGCAUCACACUUUCUACAACGAACUCCGUGUUGCACCUGAAGAGCAUCCCGUUCUUCUCACUGAGGCUCCUCUCAACCCUAAGGCCAAUCGUGAAAAAAUGACUCAGAUUAUGUUUGAAACGUUCAACACACCCGCUAUGUAUGUCGCUAUCCAGGCUGUUCUGUCCCUCUACGCCAGUGGUCGUACAACUGGCAUUGUAUUGGACUCUGGAGAUGGUGUGAGUCACACUGUUCCAAUCUACGAAGGAUAUGCUCUUCCACACGCCAUUCUGCGUCUUGAUCUCGCAGGUCGUGACCUCACUGAUUACCUCAUGAAGAUCUUAACCGAACGUGGUUACUCAUUCACCACCACAGCAGAGCGUGAGAUCGUGAGAGACGUGAAAGAGAAACUCGCUUACAUAGCACUUGACUACGAGCAAGAGAUGGAGACGGCAAACACUAGCUCAUCGGUCGACAAGAGCUACGAGUUGCCUGAUGGACAGGUGAUCACUAUUGGAGGGGAGAGGUUCAGGUGUCCCGAGGUUCUUUUCCAGCCGUCUUUGGUCGGAAUGGAAGCUGCUGGUAUCCACGAGACGACUUAUAAUUCGAUCAUGAAGUGUGAUGUGGAUAUUAGGAAAGAUUUGUAUGGAAACAUUGUGCUUAGUGGUGGAACGACGAUGUUCCCUGGGAUUGCUGAUAGGAUGAGUAAGGAGAUUACUGCUCUUGCUCCAAGUAGUAUGAAGAUUAAGGUGGUUGCUCCACCGGAGAGGAAGUAUAGUGUCUGGAUCGGAGGAUCCAUUCUAGCAUCACUUAGUACCUUCCAACAGAUGUGGAUAGCAAAGGCUGAGUAUGAUGAGACAGGGCCAUCGAUAGUCCACAGGAAAUGCUUCUAAGAUUACGCUCGCCGUUGGAUGAAAGAUUGUUUCGUAUAUGUUCAACGAGUUGGUUUCAGACAAUUGUUUUCUUUGGUUUUUCCUCUCUACAAUUGUUUCUUGUUGUCACUCUCUUUGGUUGUUUCUGCCAUUAAUGAGAAAAAAAAAUAGAUUCAUUUGUCUUA